AUGAAAUUCUUUAAGAUAUUCCUUCUAUUGGGCUUGUUGUUGGCCAUAUUGGGUGUGGCUGUUGCUCAGGACGAUGCAGCAACAGGUGAUGUAGCAACUACUGAAGAUGCCAGCACUCCUGAAGAACCCACCUCUGCUGCCGAGGAAGAAGCUGCCCCUGAAGAUGAAGAAGCUGCUCCCGAAGAUGAAGAAGCUGCUCCCGAAGAUGAAGAAGCUGCUCCGGAAGAACCUGCUCCUGAAGAACCUGCUCCUGAAGAAGCUGCUCCUGAAGAAGCUGCCCCUGAAGAACCUGUUCCUGAAGAAGCUGCUCCCGAGGAACCUUCUCCUGAAGAAGCUGCUCCUGAAGACGAACCAACUGAAGAUGACGGUGCUGUAGCACCUACUGACGAAGACUCAGCCCCAGCCGAAGAGAGCCAAGCUCCAGCCCCCGCUCCUCCACAGAAACCAGCUAAACCCAGCAAGGGCAAGCCCCAGAAAGGAAAAGGCAAGGGCAGAGGUAAGGGCAGAGGUAAGGGUAGAGGUAAGGGCAGAGGUAAGGGCAGAGGCAAGGCCAAGGGAAAAGGCAAGCCCAAGAAGGGUAGAGGCAAAGCUAAGGGAAAAGGCAAAGGCAAGAAAGGUAAAGGCAAAGGUAAGGGAAAAGGCAAAGCCAAGGGCGGUAGAAGACAAGGUUAA